CCAACGAGGCAGAUGGGCGGGAAGGGGAAGCUUCCUGUCACUCUCUCGUCACCUCCGAUUUGUCAAAGAGGGAGAAAAGAAGACGCAGAACCCGAGAAUGGAAUCAUCGUCGUCGUCUCGGUUCCGGUCAAAUCGAGCCACCUCCACCUGCAUUUGAAUAAAGCCCCCCACGUCGGCCGCUCGCUCGCUCGCAGUCAGUCCUGUCUUCUAGAAGGCAUUUCUUGAAUCACAAAUCGGGAUGGACCCUCUUCUCUCUCUUCUCCUCUCUCUGUCUGGAGGGAAGACUUUUCGACGCCCCCUGUGAGAAAAGAGAGAUUCUUUAAUACGAUCGAUGUGUACUUCUUCUUUUUUCAUCUUCUUUUUUACCCUUUUCCUUCCUUCUCUCCUCCUCGACGCAAGAUGUCUGAUUUUCUGGAUUGUCUGACGGGGUUGUUGUUGUCGUUUUCGCCAGCCAUGACGACUCCUCCUCCUCCUCCUCCUCCCUCAUGUCCUUGCGAAAUUCGCCCACCUCUCUCCCUCCCCCCCUUCCCUUCGAGACUGCAUUCCAAAGUUUGACUUCUUGAAAUUCUGCUUUGUAUCACCAUCCCCCUCAACAGAAGAACGCGCAUUUUGAACCCCCGCCUUGUCUGAACAAGAGAAGAGCUUGAGGCCCAUAUCUGGGUUCGUCGCCGAAUUUGCCUCUCUCCCCUCCCUCCUCCUCCUCUCUCUCUCUCUCUCUCUCUAGAAUGCCUUUUUGCACAAGCAACUUGUAGCUCCAAGAGCCAGGACGAGAGCAACGAUUGCCAUCGAGAGAAAGGUGUGUUCUUUCCUUUCGAAGAAUUCGCCUCUCUUGCUAAUUUUGCCGGGUCAGUGCUGCUGCUGCCGCCGCCGCCGCCGUCGUGAUUUCCAGGUGGUUAGCUUGUCUUCUUCAUUCUGCUCCUGCUCCUACCGCUGCUCCUGCCGCGGCGGCCGACCGGCGCUGUUCUCGUUGGGGCUGUCGUGAAGUAAUUUUUCGAUUUCUUGAUCGGGCGAAUUGGGACGGGUGCUCUGGUCAUGAAUUGGUUGAGGGUUGACUUCUUGAUGCUGCUUCUGAUCUAGGGAUCAUGUCCGCAGGCCGCCCUCUUCUGAUCCCGUCCCCGAGAACCACCCCUACUACCCCACAAACCCCUUCCAUACCCACCUUCGCCGAUCUUCCGAAACCCAGCUCCGGUGAUUCGAAACCCGUGUCUACCAUGGAGUCCAAUAUCACCUCUGACAACCCAUCUGGCAUCGAGUUCCAUCACAACUCGUCGUCCAGGCGGAGCAUUUCCUCGCACCAGUCGAAGACGUCCAGUACAAACUCCGUCAAGGAAGGGAUUUCGGCGGAUUCAGGAUCCAAGCGGACGCGGCAAGGGUCGCAUGGCGCGGAUUCGGAGUUUAUGAGCAUGUCCCAGAGAGAAAUUAACGAAGAAGAUGCGAGGUUGGUUUACAUAAAUGAUCCUGACAGGACGAAUGAGAAGUAUGAGUUCACGGGGAACUCGAUUCGCACUGCCAAGUAUUCAAUAAUCACUUUCUUGCCUAGAAAUUUGUUUGAACAGUUCCAUAGAGUUGCAUACAUUUAUUUCUUAGUGAUAGCGAUACUCAAUCAGCUGCCCCAGCUGGCAGUUUUCGGCCGAGGAGCCUCCAUAAUGCCAUUGGCAUUUGUAUUGCUAGUUACGGCAAUUAAAGAUGCAUAUGAGGAUUGGAGGCGUCACCGUGCAGAUAGGAUAGAGAACAACCGACUGGCAUCGAUCUUUGUAAAUGGUCAGUUUCAACAGAAGAAAUGGAAGGAUAUUCGAGUUGGAGAAAUCAUCAAAAUUCGGGCAAAUGACACUCUUCCAUGUGAUAUGGUACUGCUUUCGACCAGUGACCCAACUGGAGUUGCUUAUGUGCAGACUAUUAAUUUGGAUGGGGAGUCGAAUUUGAAAACCCGAUAUGCAAAGCAAGAGACUCUGUCUAAGGUGCCUGAGAAAGAGAAGAUUAGUGGUUUGAUCAAGUGUGAGAAACCCAAUAGGAAUAUCUAUGGCUUUCAGGCAAAUAUGGAAUUUGAGGGGAAAAGGCUUUCCCUUGGACCUUCCAAUAUUAUUCUUCGUGGAUGUGAGCUUAAGAACACUGCCUGGGCGCUUGGAGUUGUGGUGUAUGCUGGACGGGAGACCAAAGCUAUGCUCAACAAUGCUGGAGCCCCUUCAAAAAGGAGUAGCCUUGAGACUCGUAUGAACUUGGAAAUCAUCGUACUUUCCCUUUUCCUGAUUGCUUUGUGCACAGUUGUCUCUAUUCUCGCUGGUGUUUGGCUGAAGCGCCACAAGGAUGAGCUAAACAUCAUUCCGUUUUACCUGAAAAAGGACUACACUGAUGUACCUCCCGACGGUCCCGAAGAUUAUAACUACUAUGGCUGGGGAAUGGAAAUAUUUCUCACAUUCCUUAUGGCUGUUAUUGUCUUCCAAAUAAUGAUUCCCAUAUCAUUAUACAUCUCUAUGGAACUUGUUCGAGUUGGUCAGUCGUACUUCAUGAUUCGAGAUAAAAACAUGUACGACGAGACCACGAAUGCUAGGUUCCAGUGCAGGGCCUUGAAUAUAAAUGAAGAUCUAGGACAGAUAAAGUACGUAUUCUCCGACAAAACCGGUACACUGACCGAAAACAAGAUGGAGUUUCAAUGUGCAAGCAUCUGGGGAGUAGACUACAGUGGUGGAGAAGCUAAUUCUCACAUUGACGUGGUUGGAAAUCCAGUUGAAUUGGACGGGAAGACUCUUAGGCCGAAGAUGGCGGUUAAAGUCCACCCUAAGCUUUUGCAACUAACAAAGGGUGGAAAGGAUUCACCUGAAGGCAAACAUGUCCAUGAUUUCUUCCUUGCGUUGGCUUCGUGCAACACAUUAGUUCCCUUUUUUGUUGAUACUUCUGAUCCUGUUGUCAAGUUGAUUGACUACCAAGGUGAGUCUCCAGAUGAACAAGCACUAGCUUAUGCAGCUGCUGCCUAUGGAUUCACUCUCAUAGAGAGAACUUCUGGUCAUAUAGUGAUUGAUAUUCAAGGAGAAAGGCAAAGGUUUAAUGUCUUGGGUCUGCAUGAGUUUGAUAGUGACCGGAAAAGGAUGUCCGUCAUCUUGGGAUUCCCUGACAAGACAGUGAAGGUCUUUGUCAAAGGUGCUGAUACAACCAUGUUUAGUGUGAUAGAUAGAUCACUCGAGAAGAAUGUGAUACAUGCAACUGAGCAGCACCUUCAUGCUUAUUCCUGUUUGGGUUUGAGAACGCUUGUGGUCGCCAUGCGAGAACUAAGCUCUUCAGAAUUUGAGCAGUGGCAUCGUGCCUUCGAGGCAGCAAGUGCUGCUUUAAUGGGUAGGGCUGCUUCGCUUCGCAAGGUUGCGAGCAAUGUGGAAAACCAUCUCUGCGUAUUGGGUGCCUCUGCAAUUGAAGAUAAGCUGCAACAAGGGGUGCCAGAAGCCAUCGAGUCCCUGAGGACGGCAGCGAUCAAGGUUUGGGUAUUGACUGGUGACAAGCAAGAAACCGCCAUAUCGAUUGGCUACUCCUCAAAGCUCCUAACUAGCAACAUGACCCAGAUAGUAAUAAACAGCAACUCCAAACAGUCGUGUAAAAAGAGUUUGGAAGAUGGCAUUUUGAUGUCCACUAAGCUCACAACUCAGUCCAGCUUCAUGAAUAACACUGGUGGAAAUUCCGUAGCUGCUGUAACUUCGCUGGCCUUGAUUAUUGAUGGUACAAGUCUUGUAUAUGUCCUUGAUAGCGAGCUUGAAGAGCAGCUCUUCAAACUAGCAAGUAAAUGUUCUGUUGUAUUGUGCUGUCGUGUGGCUCCUCUGCAGAAGGCUGGUAUCGUUGCCCUGGUGAAGAAAAGGACUUCAGACCUGACCCUUGCUAUUGGCGAUGGCGCCAACGAUGUUUCCAUGAUCCAAAUGGCUGACGUGGGAGUUGGAAUUACUGGGCAAGAGGGCAGACAAGCUGUGAUGGCAUCAGAUUUUGCAAUGGGACAAUUCAGUUUUUUAGUCCCCCUAUUACUAGUCCACGGGCACUGGAAUUAUCAAAGGAUGGCUUACAUGAUAUUGUACAACUUCUACAGAAAUGCAGUGUUUGUAUUUGUUCUAUUUUGGUACGUGCUCUUUACUUGCUUCACAUUGACAACAGCAGUUACUGAAUGGAGCAGCAUGUUAUAUUCUAUCAUCUACACGUCAUUUCCUACAAUAGUUGUCGGAAUUCUUGACAAGGAUCUCAGCAGAAGGACUCUUCUCAAGUUUCCUCAACUGUAUGGGGCAGGGCAAAGGCAAGAGAGCUACAGUACAAAAUUGUUUUGGUUAACUAUGAUGGAUACAAUAUGGCAAAGUGUGGCCAUCUUCUGGAUACCUCUGUUUGCAUAUCGGAGGACCACUAUUGAUAUAUCCAGCCUCGGAGAUCUUUGGACAAUAGCUGCAGUUGUGGUGGUCAAUUUACACUUGGCCAUGGAUGUCAUCCGGUGGACAUGGGUUACUCAUGCAGCCAUUUGGGGGUCUAUUAUUGCUACAUGCAUUUGUGUCAUCAUCAUUGACGCAUUGCCAUUUUUAUUCGGUUACUGGGCCAUCUUCCAUAUUGGCAAAACAGCAGCGUUCUGGUUAUGCUUGCUCAUCAUUGUCGUGGCAGCACUAAUUCCCCGCUUUGUUGCAAAAGUUAUUUAUCAGUAUUAUAGCCCUUGUGAUAUUCAAAUAGCAAGAGCGGCAGAGAAGUAUGGUAAUUUUCGGGAGCGGGAACUGGAAAUAGAAAUGAAUCCCAUCACGGAACCUCAGCGGAGAUGACAAGGUGUUUUUUUCCUGUUUUGUGUUUUUACUUUUGUAAGAUAUCACAUUCUUUUGGCAUCUUUAGGGGCAUAUACUAGAUGCCAGUUUCUUCUUGUUUUGCUAUCCAAAGGGUAGUGUGCAUAGUAAUUAGAUACGGAAUUUUUGGUUUGUGUAAGUCAUUGAAUGUAUGUUAUGUACUGUCUUAAAUGUACAAUUAAAUGAAAGAUGAGCAGAAUUUUAUCA